CACCGCUCACACCUUGUUGCUCUUGCCAUACAAUGCUGUCUCGCUCCCGCGGAGAACAUCAUUAUAGAGUCGAAUGGCGAGAGCUGCGCAGCGUAGGAGCUAUAAACUACGUUUUUCGUGUGUUUCCCUCUUGAAGAUAAUUAAAAUUUAAUUAUUUGACUUAUUAUUAAGUUUUGUGCCCCCGCUGUUGGCAUCGCAGUGUUGUUGUUUCCCCCGUUUGUGCAUGGAGCAAAGCGAGAAACGUAACAAUAGAACGCAAUCAACGCAAGAAAAUCGGAUGUGGCUGCGAUGUGAGUGUGUGUAUCUCUGAAAUGGGAAAAGUGUGUGCGUGUGUGUGUAUUCGAGGAAAGUUACCGCUCCCCCCAGCCCGCAAAAUUACAUACAUAGGCUCCCCCAACCCACCGCCACUGCUGCUAACCCGCAGUCGCAGUCGCUGUCGACGUCGGCGGAGCAUCUUCAUCUUCAUCCGCAUCUGAACCCAACUCCCUUGUACACUUGAGUUACCGCUUAACUUCGAUUCCAAACGUCGCCGCAUCCACUUCUCACUGCCUACAUCUUCUGCUGCUGCUGUUGCUGCUGCAUGCAAAUAGCAACUUGUUUCGCUCGCACAAUUAAUAUUUGUUUACCGUUUACCGUUCGGUUUGCAUUGCAUGCGCGUGUGUUUGUGCGGGAGCGGCUGAGCUGUGUCGGAGUGUGUGAGCCGGCUUAAUGAUAAUUGAAAGCCUGAAAAUAGACAAUGUACACAGACAAGUGGAUACCCUUUAGUAUCAGAAAAUAUGUUACAUGCCACUGGGAUUACUGAGGGGCUUUGUUGAUACCAACCAUUUACGGAGCGUAUCCGUGUACACUAUGCCAGUCCACUAGAUAAACCGCUUCAUGUGCUCCUUCAACUGGCAAACGAAGAUUGUCGGGCAAUCCCAGUUGUCGGCAGUAAGACCCAUGUGAAAUGCCUUAUGAAAAAUUCAACAAAAAGCGCCGACAAUGGGAGGAUAGUGGUGUUCUAGAGCUGAUCAAACUAUGGAAAGUCUGCGCCUAUGAGCUGCGCACCAUUAAACGCAAUGGCCAUCUUUAUGUGGCAAUGGCCAAGCAGCUAACCUCGCUGGGCGUCCCUGUAACCGCACUCGAGGUUCACUUCAAAGUCAACAAUCUUACGCAGCGCUACCGACAGGAGCAGAAGACUCUCGAGACCACAGGCAUCAUCAGCACCUGGAAGUUCUACAGUCAAGUGGAUGAUGUGUUUAAGAGUCUGGCCGGACACACCGGUUACAAAGACAAACGCAUGACAAGUGCGUCCAAUACGAGCAGUUUACCAUCUACAUCCGAGUCACCAGUUUGGAAAAAUCCAAUGUCUCAACAAGAGUUUAAUAGUAACAACACGGAGGGGUUCUAUAAGACCGAGUACGGCAUGCACCGGCACUUUAUGGACCACUCCCAGCCACCACCCAAUGCCGGCAGCGUGGACAACUUCAUGGCCUCCUCGGUGGCCGUGGCGGCGGUGGCUGCCGCUGCCUCGGCCCGCCUUGCAGAUAACAACAUGGAUCAGCAAAUGAACACGGCUGCCGGAGGAAGCGGCGCCAGUGGUGGUGGCGGCGGCAACACCAAUGGAGGCGUGGCCAACUACCAGAAGAUCAAGAAGUCACACGAGGACUACGACAAGUUCGUGGACAUUGUGAAGAACAUCGUGGAUACGCACAAGAGCACUCCGGAUAAGGUGGACACGUUCGGCGACUUCAUCAAAUCGUACAUGAAGCGCUGGCCGGAGCGGCUACAGGACGAGGCGAUUAACCACAUCACCAACUACGUGAUCGUGAAGAACAUGGAGCACAGCAUGGUCAGCAGCCACAACCCCGAGGGGGUGAACAACCGACAAUAACAAUACAAGCAGGAGCCCAACAACUGAAUGAGUUGUUGGACGACGCAGCUCCAGGAAU